CCGGCCGCCAGUGUGCCUCGUGCCGCCGCAGUGCUCGGUUCGCCGCUCUACGGGGAGGGUUUCCGUCGGCGAGGCAUGGAGUUAUCCUGACGGCAUGCGGCGCGGGGAAUCAUCUUGAACACGAUUUUUUAUGUGAAUUUUUUUUUUUUUUCGUAUUAUCCCGGAUCUUUCCGGGGUUUUGGUUUUGUUCGCGCGGUGGUCUCCCUCGCGCGUUGUGGAGGGGGAGACGCGGGGGGGAUGGACUACCACCAGCACCACGUGGCUGUGGCUGCGCCGAGCCACCCGCUCACCCACCACCAGCUGCAGACGCUGGUAGCCGACGACAGCGCCUCCUCGCGCUGGUCGCAGUACCAGCAGCUGUGGCGGCAACACCACCUCAGCCACAUCAACGGCAAGGCGGGCGCGGGCAAGGAUGGUCCCGACGACAAGAAGGAUGACGCCGAGCUGUGGUGCAGCGUGGAGGCGCAGGCUGCCUUCCUGGGCCCCAACCUGUGGGACAAGACUCUGCCCUACGACGCCGACCUCAAGUACGUGGACCUGGACGAGUUCCUCUCGGAGAACGGCAUCCCCGCGGAGGGCGCGCAGCAGGCGGCCACGCACCACGUGCUGAAGCAGGCGUCGCCCGUGCCCGAGGCGCGUCUGGGCGCCGUGCCGCCCCCGCUGCCCCCGCCGCCCCUCGCCGACCCGGCGGCGGCCUGCCCGGAGGCGGUGCCCAAGCGCGAGCGGUCUCCCUCGCUCAGCGACACGCUGUCUCCCUCCGACAGCUACAACCCGCCGUCGCCGGCCGACUCCACCCUGUCACUGGCUUCUUCAGGUCGUGAUUUUGACCCUCGAACACGUGCUUUUUCAGAUGAGGAGCUAAAGCCUCAACCAAUGAUCAAGAAGUCCAGGAAGCAGUUUGUUCCAGAUGACUUGAAAGACGAGAAGUACUGGGCUCGCAGACGCAAAAACAACAUGGCGGCCAAGCGCUCUCGAGACGCGCGUCGCAUUAAAGAGAACCAGAUCGCCCUGAGGGCGGGCUUUCUGGAGAAAGAGAACAUGGGGCUGCGGCAGGAGCUGGACCGACUGAAGAAGGAGAAUCUUCUGCUCCGGGACAAGCUCUCCAAGUUCACAGACGUGUAGCGGCGUCCGUCCGUGCCCGCACCCUAACGCACCUUGCAUUUCUGUUCCGUUCCCCGCCCCCUCCCUCCCACACCCCCCGCCGCGCUCUCCUCGCGAGAGCCACCGCCCGCGUCGCCGCCAGCGCGAACGAGCGACAGUGCGAGGCGCCGGCUGUUUGUUCCACACUCUUGUCUCUGGAAACAUUGCAUCCGACCCAAGUGCUCGCCAGAAAUGUUUUAAUUUAUACAGUAUAUUUUUAUAAGCCACAUGAAAAGAAAACUAUUUUUAAGGAAAACAUGUAGCAGUUUGGAAGGAUUUUUUAUCGAACCUAUGAGAUGGAGCGUAGGUUUUUUAAAAACUAUUUUAUUGCAGCUUUGGAGACUGUUUUAUUAACAAAAAAAUAUUAUGCACAAUCGCUAAAAAAAACUAAAACAUUGGGAACUCGAGAACCAUCUCUGUUGCAAAUUCUCUUAUUGGUAGUCAGUAAUGAAUCCAAAUUUUAAAUUGACUAAGUUUUAUGAAUGAUCUUCAGUUUCACUGUGUGUGUUGUGCUCUUUACAGCACUUUUACUUUUGGACAGUUGUUUUGAAAAUAUAACAUUAAUUUGGUUCUUUAUUUUUAUUCACAUGUUUAUAGCCUACAUAUAAUAAACAAAUAUUUUUUUUUUUUAAAAACUUUGAUAUAGGUAUGUUAAUAUUCUUUUUUUUUUUUUGAAGAAUUUAAAAGUUUAUUUCUGUUGUCUUGUAUUUGAACUUUUAAGUGUAAUGAUGUAAAUAACUUGUUUAAUCAUAAUUUUGUUGCUAAUAGGGAUACUAUGAGGGUCAUUUUAUGGUUUCUUUAGCAUUAACUAACUUUUACUAGAAUGUUACUAGGUGCUGUUAGUGAUAAAUUAUUCUGUAGUACUCUGUAGACAUUUUUGUAGAUGAUUGUUGCUAUGUAGCAUCCGUAUGUAAUGCAAUGUGCGUAGUUCCAAGUAAUGCCGUAAUACGUGGUGAAUGUAGAUAUCCAGGCAAGUCAGUUGAGAUUUAAACAAACUACUUCAGCUUACAUAAACUGAGGAAGAAAAACUUGGUGUUGGAAUUGGAAAGAGUUUGUUAUAUUUAAUUUGAAACAAGCAAUGUAUGUUGUGACUUAGUACUCAUAAAAACUACGCUUGUAGUACUUCUGUGUGCUGAAAGUGUAAACAACGGUUAGUUUAUUCCAUAAAAAAUAUUUGAGAUGUGUGUUUGCAAACUGUCACAUAAAUAUUGUGUUAUGUCACAAAAUGUGUGUAAAAUGUUCAAAAUAAAGUGGAUAGUUUCUGUGCACAGAGAUUUGAAAUUAUUUAUGAGACAGAAAUUGUACUUUAUUAAUUAAGGUAGAUUAUGCACUCCACUUUGGUUCACAUAAACAUCACCUUUUUUUUUGUGUGCAAAUUGUAGAAUUUGAGUAAGACUUACAUAAAUCAUUGUAUAUUGUAUAUGUAUUUAUGAGAAAAUUAGCUUAAUGGAACUGAAUCCUUUUCAGUAUUUUAUAAGGAUGUCAUCUUGCAUGCAAGAACAUUAAUGCUGAAAUGAAAAAGUUAAACCAUGUCAUACUAAGUAGGUAUGUGCUAGAUUUUUUUUUUGUUGUGAAAAAUGUAUGUUCAGUGUUUAUGCUAUAAAUAUUUGUAGUCUAUUUAAUGCAGUCAGUGAAACCUCUCCAGCUUUUUGGAAUUGAUUAUUUACAUAAAUAAUAAGCAUUUGUACUUUUAUAUGUGGUUACACACAAAACACAAACCCAGCUGUACUUCUCUGUCCCACACCGAGACGAAACACCACACGUCAACAUGGCAUAAACCUGCCGCUUCACCCACAAGUGUUUAAAAAUGUUUGUUGCCGAGGUAGAUUGUGUCUGCAACACAUAUUGUUCUUGCAUUAACUGUAAACUACAUAAAACAAUAAAUGUGUAUAUGUUAUAGUAAUAUU